UGCAUAACCAACUGUAGUGACUAUUCGUGAAGAGUGGGAUAAAAGAUUGUAGACUGAGAAGUCUACUUCCUUGCUGAAGUAACAUGCAUCCUUUGUGUCACAUGGAUUCUGAUAUUGCAGACUGGCUUGCCAUCAUUCAUCUGGAAAGCUAUCAAGAUACUUUCAAACAACAUGGAUAUGUCUUAGUGAGAGAUGUGACCUCUCUCUGUAAGGAGGACCUAUGGAAACUUGGCAUCACUGCUACAGGCCACCGUAAAAGGAUUCUGAAUUUAGUACAGCAAACUCAUCUGUUUGUGGACAACAAAACUGGGCAUAUGGCAGAAGAUUCCCAUUCAGCUGAAUGUACAUAUUUUCCAGACAAACCUGUGAUAAAAAAUGAAGAAAUGUUGGCAAAAACUAUUUCUGAUUCUGAGGUUGGUCAUGAUUCAGCCAGCCAGCUCCAAUAUUCACUUCUUAAUAAAGAGUCUCAUCCUAUAGGAAAGCCAGUACCUAAGCCCAGAACUGUAUCCCCACGUGAUCAUGGAACAGCCAAACUACAGCCAGUCUCAUUGUCAAUGUUGUUACCUGUUCAUAAACCCACUUUUUGUUCUGCACAAGGAGCACAACAUAAUAUUCAAGAGAGAUUUGACCAAGAAAAAUGUACCACAAGUGUUCGGACUUUUGAUACAACCUCUAAAGACCAAGUCCAUACUCCAGCUUCUCAGAAAGAAGCAACAGAAGAUAAUUCUGGAACUGAUAUUCGAACCUUUGUUCACAUCGAUGAAAUGAGUACUGAAGGAAACCAUUUGUCUAAAACUUUGUCCAUUUUUUCUAUUCCCAAAUUUUCCAGUCUGUGUAAUGGCCAGUCUAUGGACAUUAGUCCAACCACAUCCGUUUCAACUGCUAAGAAGAUGCAGGCAGAGACUGUAUUAGUUCCUUCUGACCUCAUCCGGUCAGCCUCCCUGGAGAAUAAGAAAGAGAUGGUACCAGAUGUUACUUUUCCUUUGCCAGUUAAAAGAGUAGAAAUGAAGGAGAGUCUGAGAGGUGGGACUAGCACACAACAUUCUGAAAUAAUGCUACAAAAUGGAAAUUUUAACAUGAAGAAGACUGACUCCCUGGGACAAUUGUGCUUGUGUUCGCAAUAUUCAUCUGAAGAACCUCACAGCAAUUCAAAUGCUGUUGACGACUUCAUCAGUCCCUAUUGUGAGAGUCUGUUUGGACAUUGGUGGCCCACCCAGGGACAGAAUUCAGCAACUUCUGAAUGCCAAGACUAUGAAGAUGUGCGAAAAUAUGUAACAAACCAGAGCCAGGACCCAAUUGACAGAAAUCCCAGGAGAGAAGAUAAGAGUCCAUCUGCUAAGAAGGAAGCUGGUAUCAUCAGCUGCAUUGCUCAGAAUGAGACUGAGGGAGCCUCUACCGUGGAAGCUUCAACAGACUUCAAAAGCUUCAACAGUUCCCCAUUCAGGCUCUCUGAUCCUAUAUGUUCUGUUGAAAAUUAUGAUGAUUUGACCAUCUCUCCCUAUGCCAGCUACACCUCUUUGUCAGAGCAACCACUCUUUGUUAUCAGUGGCUGGCUGGACAAGCUCUCUCCACAGGGGAAUUAUGUCUUCCAACGACGUUUUGUCAGAUUUGAUGGAAAAAACCUCAUGUAUUUUAACAAUGAGAAGGAACCGUAUCCGAAAGGAUUGAUUCCUCUCUAUAUUAUUGACAUGGUGCGCUCCACUAAGGACAACAAAUUCCAAGUCAUCACUAAACACAGGAUUUUUGUCUUCCGAGCUGAAAGUGAAGCCCAGCGGAAUGAAUGGUGCAGCACUCUUCAGCAGAAAGUCAUCGACAAGCAAAAUCUUUGUUCCCCAACAUGCAGCAGCACACAUCUCCAAAAGCGUGGUUAUUUAGAACUCAAAGGCUAUAAAUCCAAACUCUUUGUAAUUCUCAUCCUGAGUGAGAUGUGGCUGUACAAAAGAGAGGAAUUCUUUAAAAUGGGCGUUGCCAUCUGUCUGAUUGACAUGCACCACUCUUCUAUCCGAGAUGCUAAAGGCCGUAAUUUUGAACUCAUCACUCCAUGCAAGAUUUUCAGUUUUGGAGCCAAGUCUGACCAAGAGAAGCAAGAAUGGAUGGAAGUGCUUCAGAACUCUAUUGCUGAGACUUUGUAUGAUUAUGAGGUAGCCGAGAAGAUCUGGUCUAACAAAGCUAACAGAUUCUGUGCUGACUGCCAUGCACUAAACCCUGACUGGGCUUCCAUCAAUUUGUGUGUGGUGAUCUGCAAGCACUGUGCAGGUUUGCAUCGGAGCCUGGGUUCUAGGAUUUCUAAGGUGCAGAGUCUGAAGCUGGACACGAGUAUUUGGAGCAAUGAGAUGGUCCAGCUGUUCAUCAUGCUAGGCAAUAGGCAAGCAAACAAAUUUUGGGCUGCACACCUCCCAGCUUCUGAAGCCUUGUAUCCUGAUUCUAACGCUGAGCAGAGACGAGAUUUCAUCAUGUAUAAAUAUUGCUAUGGAUACUUCCGCAUGCCGCACCCUCAAUAUAACAGUCAAGAAAGCAUUCUGCAGGCUCUAUGUGCAGCUGUGUCUGGGCCAGGAUUACUUAAAAAAAUGGUGAAUUUUUUUGCAAGUACCAUGGAAGUUGAAAUGGGAGGUAGCUGUGUUAUUUGGAAAACUGAGCCCUGGUCCAGCAGUGUGCAUACUCAUCAUUCAGAAGGAAUCUACAAUGAGAUCCUACAACCAGUUGUCCAUUGUGGCUACUUAUACAAAGUCCCAACCACCAGCAAAGCAAUCAAGAGAAGCAGAGAUGAGUUUCAGAGGAUCUGGUGCUCACUGGAAAAAUGUUUCCUCUUCUAUGAGACUGAAAGAAAUCCUGAACCAACAGGAAAGAUUGAAGUGGCAGAUAUGAUUUCCUUAGCAGUGAACAAAACAGACAUGUUGGAUAUUCCUAGCUGCACAGACAGGUUUUGCUUCAUGCUAGAACUGUAUCUGAGCAAUGAACGAAUGCAGCAGUGGGUAGGUGAUGAUUCCAGUAAUCUACAGUCUUGGGCCAGUGCUAUUGGCAAGUGGUUCACCCCUCUCAGUUGUCACUGUCUGCUGGGCUAUGAAUUCCAAAGGGUAGGUAAACUCUGCUACAAAUCAAUGAUAAAACCCAAUCAGUGGUUGCAAGGUUUCUUCAUCCUCCAGAAGUUUCACCUCUUCAUUUGCCCAGAAGAAGAGGGAGCAAUUGAGGACAGCAUCAAUCUAAGGCAGCUUCAAGAACUCAGUAUUGUUCCUCUUGCGGAGGAUCCAGAGAAAAAACAGAUGCUGGUCCUGGUAGAAAUGGGGUUACAGCAUGAAGGUAUUUAUCGGAAGAAUGGAGCAAAAUCUCGUAUCCACAUUUUGAUGGAGGAGUUCCGACGAGAUGCAAGAAAUGUCAAAUUGCAUAUCAGUAACAAUUUCGUUGAAGAUGUGACAGAUGUGUUGAAGAGAUUUUUUCGGGAGCUUGAGGAUACUAUCUUCACUACAUCUUUACAUCCGCAGUGGAAUAGAGCCACAGAAAUUUCCCAGAAGCCCCAGCGCCUGGAGAGAUACAAGGAGCUAAUGAACUGCUUGCCCCAUCUCAACCGCAGAACUUUGGCUGCUUUGAUUAGCCACUUGUAUCGGGUACAGAAAUGUGUCAACCUCAAUCACAUGAGCACCAAGAACCUAGCUUUACUAUUUGCUCCCAGUCUCUUCCAGACAAAUGGAAAAGGGGAACAAGAAGUCAAGGUGAUAGAAGAUUUGAUUGACAACUAUGUUCAUAUUUUUAAUAUUGAUGAAGACCAGUUGUUACAGAUGGACUUGGAGAAUAGUUUGAUUACUACCUGGCAGGAUGUGAAGCUCUCACAGGCUGGUGAUAUCAUCUUGGAAGUAUAUCUGGAGCAGAAGAAUCCUGACUAUUGUGUUACUCUCAAGGUUUCUCCCAAGAUGAGAGCAGAAGAACUAACAAAUCAAGUGCUUAAGAUGAGAAAUGUAACAGCUAGUCGAGAUCUUUGGCUGACCUUUGAAAUUUUAGAAAAUGGAGAGCUAGGCACUGAGUACACAGUGCCUGCGCGACACUCUGCCAAGCAGCUGGAGCGUCGCAGAGGUGUCAUGGAGUGUCGCAGGUGGCACCGUUCUCCCUGCAGCCAUGCCGUACAAGCCGCCAUCAGCAACCUGGUCCAGAGCCUCAUAGAGCGAUUGCUCCAUGAGCUUCCUGGUAUGGUUCCCUACUUUGAUGAUGUCCUGAUCGGUGCCCACAGUCGAUCAGGGCUCAUCGAAGUUCUUCGGAAGGUCCUCAACCAUUUCAGGGACACGGGCUUAAAAUUAAAGCACAGCAAAUGCUCCUUUGCUGUGCAACAGGUGGAAUUCCUAGGCUUCCUUGUGGACGCCCAGGGCAUCUACCCCACCCCCUCCAAACUUGAAGCCAUCAGGAACGCCUCCACUCCUACCUCCAAAGUGGAGCUGCAGGCAUUCCUUGGCCUCUUGAAUUUCUAUAUGCCAUUUUUACCUCACAAGGCAUUACUAGCUGAGCCACUUCAUCGGUUGCUCGACCGAUCAGUGGCCUGGUGCUGGGGCAGCCAUGAAGCACAUGCAUUCGCGGCUGUCAAAGCCAUGCUUACAUCAGCGGCUGUCCUAAUCCAAUAUAGUGACAAGCUACUGCUGACGUUGGCAUGUGAUGCCUCCCCUUUUGGUGUGGGGGCUGUUCUGAGCCAUGUCCUCCCCAAUGGCUCUGAAGCCCCCAUAGCUUUUUACUCCUGGACACUCUUCUCCACCAAGAGGAAUUACAUCCAGAUCGACAAGGAGGCUCUGGAUGCUGUGUCCGGGUUUAAAAAGUUCCAUGAUUAUCUAUAUGGAUGGCAUUUUACCUUGUUCACUGACCACAAGCCUCUCCUUGGACUUCUGGCCGGUGACCAUCCUAUCCCACCUAUCCUGUCUCCUCGGAUGUCCUGGAGUUCUUCACAGUGUAUUCAUAUAAGCUGCAGUACCAUCCGGGCAUGCUGA